AUGAGCACGUCUAAUUCGCGGAUUGGCAGCAAUGCCAAUGCAGGUGGCACAGAUGGUCUUCGUGCGCCUGCGCAGCUGGAGUCUUCAAUGGGAGGUCAGGCACCAGCACCAGAUGGUACUCAGGACGGAGGUCUUCCUCCGCCGCACAAGUUCUACGAGAAUCUCACCAAUAUCGAAGUUGUCAAGAGACAUUGCAAGGAAUUGCUUGACCUGAGCUUUGCCAGCAUCUCACCCAAUGAGCGCUACGAGAGCGAAUCAGUUAGGUCCGUGAUCAAGUCGAAGAUCACCUCAGUUGAGAAGAACUUGCGUCAGAUGCCUCAGGGGGACAAGGUGGAAGGAGGCGCGUACGAUGCGAUCUCGAUGUUGCUAGCACUCUUCGACCUUCCUGACACAGACGGACGGCCGGGCACCUACCGAUGGAUGGUGACAGUGUACCUUCCAAUGGCCUCCGCCAUGAAUGACGAGCUCGUGAAGCUGAAGCAAUUGCAGGAGAUCUUGCAGAACAUGCUCGGAGUCGGGAGGUCAUGGAUAUUCUACUGGUACACAGGGCGGAGCAGGUGA